AGGUGGGAGGAGCUCCGGGAGGGGCGAUAAGAGUCUCCCGCUGCAGGGCGGGAAGAGGAGGCACUGACUCACACGGAGACGAAGCGGCGCGAUGGAGCUCUACCUCGACCUGCACUCGCAGCCGUGCCGGUCCGUGUUCCUGUUCGCCCGGGCGGCCCGGAUCCCCUUCGACUUCAAGCUGGUGGACCUCUCCAAAGGGCAACAGUACAGCGAGGAGUUUGGAAAGAUCAGCACCGCGAGGAGAGUCCCUGUGAUGAAGGACGGAAGCUUUGUCCUGACGGAGAGCACGGCCAUCUUGGAAUACCUGGUGCAGAAGCACGCCUCCUCGGUGGCUGAUCAUUGGCUCCCGGCUGACCUGCAGCAGCGAGCUCGCGUCAAUGAAUAUUUGUCGUGGCAGCACAUGAACCUCCGAGCUCACGGGUCAAAGGUCUUCCUGCUCAAGGCUCUGUUUCCCAUCGUCAUGGGCGCCGAGGUCCCGAAGGAAAAGAUGGCCGCCGCCCUGGAGGACCUGAGCCAGUCGCUCCGCACGCUGGAGGAGACGUUCCUGCAGAGCAAAGCGUUCAUCGUGGGGGAGAAAGUCUCUCUGGCCGACCUGGUGGCCAUCGUGGAGGUCAUGCAGCCCGUGGGCGUCGGCGUGGACGUGUUCGAUGGCCGCCCGGCGCUGCUCGCCUGGAGCGAGCGUGUGAAGAAGGCGAUCGGCGAGGAGCUGUUUGCCGAAGGUCACGAGCUCAUCAUGAAGGCCAGCGGCCUCACGCAGGAGCUGCAGAACAACAAAGACAUGGAGAUGCUCAAGUCCAAGUAUCAGAAGCUCUUCAGCUGAGUGUGUUGUUGUGUAUCAGUGUGUACUUUAAGAUCCCCACUACACAAAUAUUAAAGAGUCAAAAGUAUACACAAA